UAUAUAUAAAAGGGAAUAGUCCCGUGGAGACACUCAGCCAGCUCUCCUCUGCCAGCAGAUACCCGCCCUGCCCAACCAAGAACACAGCUAGCAUAAACAUGUCUAUCACUGACAUUCUCUCCGCCAAGGACAUUGAAGCUGCACUCAGCAGUGUACAAGCUGUAGGAAGUUUCAAAUUCAAGGAGUUCUUUGCUAAGGUUGGUCUUUGUGGCAAAUCUAGCGAUCAAGUCAAGAAGGUCUUUGAAGUACUUGACCAGGACAAGAGUGGAUAUAUUGAGGAGGAUGAGCUGCAACUUUUCCUGCAGAACUUCAAUAGCAAAGCAAGAGCACUUAAUGAUGCUGAGACUAAGGAAUUCCUGAAGGCUGGGGAUUCUGAUGGUGACGGCAAGAUCGGAGUUGAUGAAUUCCAGGCCCUGGUAAAACAAUGCUAAUAUGGAAAUGACAAGGAAUGAAUUCUCAAUUCUCACUCAACACACACCUCAUCCAUGGCUGGCGCUCAUUUGUACAUUUUUAUAUCGUCUCAUGGCAUUGGUAAAAUGCCUGUAUGUUAACUCACUUUUGGGACUUGAAAUAUCUUGACAAUGUACAGGUAUCCUGCUCAUUUGAUAUUAUGUCUUAAAUGUUAUUGGAAGGAGCUAAGUGAUUUCGACCAAUCACAAUGUUGAAGUUGUGAAUGGAAGAUGGCCAAACAAAAAUAAAAAAAAUUAUUUAAAUAAAA